AUGGGCUACUUUACAUUUGACGAUAGUAUAAUGCGAUCUAAUCCACCUAUAGCGGUUGCACUAUAUUUUUUAUCUUUUACUUGUGUUACUUGUUACAUGUUUCUAUUAAUUAAUGCAGCUAUAUAUGAGUCGUAUUCAGAGGCAGUAUCAGAAACUGCUCACCGAACUGGUUUGACACUGAGUGGGCUAGCUAAAAAACUAUACAAUAAAAUAAAAUACGAAUUGCUGAAGACAGGCAAACCCUUAACCUAUAUCUCCAAACAAGAAAUACGUGAUGUAUUAAAAAUAUUCUUCUUUACUCACCCAGAAAUCGAUUUAUUCUUCCACACUCACGAAAUCAAUGAAAAGAACACACAAGAAGCUUUUGAAAUAUGUUUACGGCUUUUAGACAUGAAAGGAUACAAUAGUGAAAAGUAUAGAAAAGAAUUAAUUAUUGAGCCAUACACAAAUAUUCAAGACGAAAUGAAAAAUAUAGAAAAAGAAAAUUCGGAUAGUUUGUCGUACCAUGAAAAUAUACACAGAAAUGAAAAGCACCGACACAAGAACAUGAAAGGGGGUGAAUUUAAAGUUAAACAUUUUCGUCAGUUGGUGGAACAAUUAAAUGAAGUAGGAUGUUUAACACGAGAUACAAAUGAACGAGUUCAAAAUUUCUUUGUAUCCGUACAGAAUACACGUACUCGAUUGAUUCAAGACUAUAAUAAGUAUUUACGUAAUAAAUAUAAUAUAACCAACAGAACUUGUCAAUAG